AUGGAUUCAACUCUAUCUUUGGUCACACCUAGCCGGGGCGUUGCUGCUGCCAAUCCCACCAGCACCCGCACUUGUACCCAGCAGCUGGUGCAAGAUAUUUCACAUGAUGAUGCGGAAAUUGCCAAUGUUGCUGCACCUGCAAGAACCGCGGACAUCAUGACCAAGAGCCGAUUUUCGUUCCUGGAACUGCCCGUGGAACUGCGUCUUAAGAUAUAUCUAAAUAUUUUGAUAUGCCCAGAGGCACUCAAUAUCCCACGACAUCGGGAUUCAUCCUCAAAUAACACCUUCGCCUACCCCUCAGUCGGCAUCCUCCAGACUUGCAAGCUCGUUAAUGAGGAAGCUACACCGACACUCUACUCCAAAAACAGACUUAUUAUUACUCUCCCGCUGGAGAAGGGAUCGCCACCAAACUCAGGAGAGCCCCCGGCCUCGUUCGGGCCCUCCUUCCACCCCAGCAAUUUUCGCUGGAAUACACUUACGCAAAUGACUUCGUUGUCCUUUACUAGCGGCAACAAUAUCGGAUUUUCUGACCCAGAGCUACCCCCCUCUUUAAUCCCAAGUGCAACUUUCAAGUGUUCGGGGCAAGAGUUGAUAUCUCGGAUUUCCCCUGGUAGUAUGGUCUUUAGCCCUCAAGGACCUGAUAAAUAUAUGGCACUAUCUAUAGCAAACUGGGUCAGUCUUCGGGUCAUGACAGCGGAGUUGAAUGCAUUUCAUAGGGAACUAGAGGCUAUGAUGAGUAGCACUCCAGUGUAG